AAAAGUUUGAGGUGGCGGCCGGCCAGGGUGAAGUUGGAAGUGUGGUAGGCAGGGGGAGGCAUCUUGAAAAAGUCAAACCCUUGAGAGAAAAUGACCGACGCAGAAGCGCAAGGCGCCGUGCCGUCGGCACCGGCACCGGUACCGGUGGAGGUGGAGGUGGAGGUGGAGGAAGAGCCACAACCUGAGAGGAAAGUGAUAGCCACUCUAGUGCAAGGCACAGUUAAGUGGUUCAACGUACGCAAUGGCUAUGGCUUCAUCAACAGAAAUGACACCAAAGAAGAUGUAUUUGUCCAUCAGACGGCCAUCAAGAAAAACAACCCUAGGAAAUUCCUUCGCAGUGUGGGAGACGGCGAGAUUGUGGAGUUUGAUGUUGUUGAGGCAGCCAAGGUAGCGUCCUCCCAUGGCUCCGAGGCAGCUAACGUGACUGGCCCUGGGGGUGUACCGGUCAAAGGCAGUCGCUACGCCCCGAACAAACGCCGUUUCCGUCGGCGCUUCUACCCCCGCGGAACGCGCCCUGGCGGAGACAAGUCCGGAGAGAGCUCCGCCGGGCCCACGUCCGAGGGUGAGGGGACCGCUGAGAACGGGGCACCUCAGGGCGUCCCUCGGCGCAGACGCCCUCGCAGACGUACGGACAGCCAGACGGCAGAAGGGGAUGGAGUGGAGCAGAAGAACGGGGCAGUGGAGGGUGGAGAGCAGAGGCCGCGACCUCGACGGUUCAGGCCACCAUACCGCAGACCAUUCCGCCCUCGCCCACCCCAAGGUGAGCAGCCGGCCCAGGCCCCAGCAGAUGGCCAAACGGAGGCCCCGAAGGAGACCCCAAAAGAGCCUCAAGCCAAUGGGGAGCAAGGACAAGGCCAGAGACCCCGCAAACAGUUCAGCCGCCGCCGACAAAGGAAUUCCGAAUCCACCACUUCCAAAGAUGACUCCAUGCAGGAUGAUAAGCCCAAGGAAGAGCCAGGGUCGCCUGUUCCAGCAUCCAAGGUCCCUGAGGGCAGGUCCUCCCCCAAAGCCUCGUCAAAGACCUCCCCCAAAUCAUCCCCCAAAUCAGGAGAGACACCUGCCACCACAGCUGCUGCUGCCCCCUCGGAGUGACGCUUUUGAGCGGACCGCAUCACAUGACCCCGGAAAGAGGUGGGGGCCUGGUGUUCAAACGGCGUAACUAUUUGAGGGGCUGAAGGGUGGAGCACUGUUUUUGCACCCUUUCUGUUCUUUAGCAGCUGCAAGCGCCCUUGCACCAAAAUAAGGAGUUACACUGAAGGCUGUUUUGUGAGUGGUUUGCCCACUUGUGGGAGUAGAGUAUCGUCCGGCACACGUGAGCGUUGAAUGAUUUGUGCCUCAGCAAUUUCCAGCGGUUCCAAAAAUUCGAAUGAGUGGUGCAAAUGAGGUUCAAUUUGACGAAAAUCGCAGCGUCCGUUUUAAGACUCACCUGUGAUUGCAGGUGUGUAAUUUGCUUGCCAAAUUGAAUGUCCAAACGCAGUGAGGUCCCCUGAUUUUUGGAAUUUGGCUCUUGUUGUGGCAGGUUGGAGAUUUCAUUUAAUUACUUUUAGCCUAUUGGUGUCCUGCUCGUAUUGGGCUCUAAUGUCAAAACCUUCCCCUCUCUCCUCCCCCAACAUUUCCUCUUUUGUGUGUUUGUUUGUCUGUCUGUGUACAUCUCUGUUUACCUCUUGUCUCUUAGGUUCCAUGGUGCGUGAAAUGAGAGUUGAACCUCACCUUUCCUGUCAUAACCCCCCCCUACACACCUACCCACACACGCCUUACACCUACACCUACAUCUGUCACUGCACACGCAAUGCUCCCCUCCUGCGCACACAUUAACAUCUCUCCAUACCUUGUGUUGAACCCUCCCCACCUUAAUCAUCGUCCCCCCCCCCCCACCCUCAUCAUCGCUCCCUUUCCUGGAGCCGUGGAAAGGAGAUAACUCAGAGAUGUUGUUUGGAGUGUAAAAAGUGUGAUUUAGAAAGCAAAAAGAAAAGGAGGAAAUUUAAAAUAAAAAUAGAAACUGCACCAAGUUGAGCCCUGCUCGGAUGCCCCCGUGAAUUAUAACGCCCCCACGCAUUUAACCAACUCGUUUAAGCUAAUCAGUUGGGGGCAUGCAGGCUUUUGAGAAGAGAACCAGCCCUGUUUUUGCUGUUUAAGUUCAUCAACAAGGGGGUGGAAAAGUGACAUGAGUGUGUUUCGGGUGCUGGUUUGCUCACUGAGUUGGCCAUCACCUUUCCCCCCCCGUUAGGAAAAGCUAAUGUAUUCUGCCCCCUGUCCCUUUGUUCUAAUCAUACCCUAGCUGGUUGAUUGUUUUAUGUUUUUUCUUUCUUUCCUUAUUUUCGGUCCUCCGAUAUCUUAUUUUUCUAAGCCCUUUUCUUUGGAGGGGAUUAUGUGCAAUUGUCAGUUUACUAAAAUGUCUAGUAAAUAAUAAAUACUUGUGCAAAACCAAUAA